GAGCGGAAUACUCAAUGUUGAGGAGAUAAGCGCGAUGAGCACCAUACUCGGGGAGGAUUGGAAUGGCCUAGGAGCUCUAAUGAAUAUUCCAUUUACAAAACGAGAGGAAAUCAGGUUAAAUCACCAGAAAUAUCCAGGUGCUAUAGAAAAAGCCUGGGCAAUGCUCAUGGUUAUCAAUCAAGACGAAAAUUCUCGUCCUCAAAUGUUAGAAAAAUGUUUCGAAGAGAUUAAUCGAGGCGAUCUAUUAAAAGAGAUGCAUUUCAGAAGUGAAAACAAGAAUAAAGUUCCUCCUAAAAUUGCACCUCAAAGUGAAGCCAGGCUAGAAAAUAAGAUUCUCAAUCCUCGUGAAUUGUUCAGAUUAAGUGGUGCAAUUUUGCGGGACUGGUACAGGCUUGCAGCUUUGAUGAAAAUAGACCAAUCAGAGAUGGACGAAGUAAACACUAGUCAUUUUUACAGAGAUCAUCGUUCGAAAGCGGAAAAAAUUCUGUCGCUGAUAAACCGCCAAAUAGUAUUUUCCCGAACAAAUUUAACUGAUGGCUUAAAAAAAAUAGACAGGUUGGAUUUGGUUGAAAUAGUCAAGAAAGGCAUUUGGCGACAUUUAUAAAGACGAUCGUGGAUAGAUUGAUGCAAUUUAUAAUUCAAUUCGUAUAAUGAGAGGGCUACUUAUUACGUUCCCAGAAUUUUGCAUCCUAUAUAAUCGAGCUACUUCCUCCAGUAAGACGUAAUUUUCUCAAAGAUGACGACCAAAUUAUUACUUCUUUUCUC